AUGGACAUGGCGUCCCGCUACAUCCCUGACCACGACGACGACGCCUUCUUCUGCCACCCCGGGGCAGGGGUCGCCGGCGUGGCGGACGGCGUCGGCGCGUACCGCAGGAGAGGCGUGGACGCCGGCGCGUUCGCGCGCGCGCUGAUCGCGAACGCGUUCGCCCGGGGCGGCACGCCCGUGUGCCCCUACGCUCUGCUGCGGAGCGCGUACGAGGCGGCGGCGCGCUCGCGCGCGCCCGGGGCGUCCACGGCCGCCAUCGUGUCCCUCGACGGGGCAACUCUCAGAUGGGCGUGCGUCGGCGACAGCGCCUUCGCCGUGCUCCGCGGCGGCAGGAUCGUGCGCCGCUCGAAGCCGCAGCAGCACCACUUCAACUGCCCCUACCAGCUCAGCGCCACGGGCGGCGACCGCGUCGCCGACGCGGAGGUGGGCGGCAUGCCGGUGGUGGACGGCGACGUCGUGGUGAUCGGGACGGACGGCCUGUUCGACAACGUGCUCGACGUGGAGCUGGGCCUGUCGCCGCAGAACAUGGCGGACAACAUCGCCGGCACUGCAUGCGAGAUGUCCUUCGGGUGGCUGGCGCACUCUCCGUCCACGUCGUCGUCCACGAACGACGAGAAUGGCGCGGAGCGAUUCUAUGGCGGGAAAGUUGACGACAUCACCCGGUGA